UGGAGUCAUGCGCUGGGUCCUAGAGCUAGCCUGUCUGAUGCUGCUCCUGCAGCUCUCUGCCGGAGCCCAGGGGAGGAGGAGGAAGGGGCAGAGAGACGACAACCAGGUCAUCCUGAACGAAGGGAAAGUGCUGGUGUGCCCGGUGGAGCUGAUGUUCCUGGUGGACAGCUCGGAGACGGCCAAGCUGCUGCUGUUCCAGAAGCAGAAGGAGUUCGUCCUGCGCUUCAGCGAGCGUCUGUCCCGCCUGCAGGCCCCCGGGUGGCGCGUGCGCCUGCGCAUGGCCGCCGCGCAGUACAGCAGCAGCGUGGUCGUGGAGCACAACUUCCGCGACUGGCAGGACCUGGACGUGUUCCGGGGCCGCGUGGCCGCCAUGGCGUACAUCGGCCACGGCACCUACUCGGCGUACGCGCUGGGCAACGCCACGCGGCUGUUCGGCCGCGAGACGUCCCCGGGCAGCCUGCGGGUGGCGCUGCUGAUGAGCGACGGCGUGGACCACCCGCGCAGCCCCAGCGCGCUGGCCGCCGCCGCCGACGCCAAGAACCACAACAUCAGGGUGUUCGCCAUCCGGCCGUCGGGCCAGCCCCGCGACGCCGUGGAGAGGCUGCGCUCCGUGGCCAGCGCGCCGCCCCACCAGCACGUCUUCAGCCUGGCCGACCCCCAGAUGGAGGAGCGGCUGUACAAGGAGCUGUGCCCGCCACCAAAGUCCUGUCUGUGUGACAAGGGGGAAAGGGGGCACCCUGGCAGCCCGGGCAAGGCGGGCGAGCGGGGGUCCGACGGAGCCCCGGGUCCCCAAGGGCCGCACGGGGAGUCCGGCAUCAAUGGGCGCCCAGGAAUGGACGGCAUUCAGGGUCUGCAGGGGCUGGCUGGGGCCAGGGGGCCAAGAGGAGAGCAGGGAUCGAGGGGAGGACCAGGGGACCAGGGCCCUGAGGGACCCACUGGACCCAAAGGUGAAACGGGGCCCGCUGGGGCCCCCGGACAACAAGGGGACGUUGGCGUCGGAUUUCCCGGAGCGAAGGGAGACAAGGGGAACCAGGGGCGAGCGGGCCCCAGCGGGCCCUUGGGUCAGGGGGAACCCGGCCCCCCGGGACCGCCCGGACCGCAGGGCCUCCACGGGGCCCAUGGCCCCCCGGGGGAGGGGCUCCCAGGGUCGAAGGGGGACAGAGGCUAUGAGGGUCCCAAGGGCAAUCGCGGACCCCCGGGGGUGGGGCUAAGAGGAGACAAGGGCAGUGCAGGUGAGCCAGGCCUCCCCGGGCUGCUGGGAUUCCCGGGGGUCGGGAUCCAGGGAGAGAAGGGAGACCAGGGGCCGGUGGGCCCGUCCGGCCCCAGGGGGCCCUCAGGGCACGGUGCUGUGGGGCCCAAGGGAGACCAAGGGUUCCCAGGGGAACAUGGACCCCAGGGAGAGAGAGGCACCGGGGAGCCAGGGUCAAAGGGGGAGCCAGGGCCAGAAGGUACCGCCGGGUUACCGGGGAUCCCCGGGGAGGACGGCGCCGCCGGGCCCAAGGGUGAGAGCGGUUUGCCAGGUCAACGCGGAACAGAAGGUGCAGCCGGCAAAGGAAUCCCUGGAGAGAAGGGGGACAGAGGGGACCGCGGGAUACGGGGGCUUCCAGGGGGCACGGGGCCGGUGGGGCCCGCAGGGGCUAAGGGAGAGCCAGGCAGCUUGGGCAUGACGGGAGUCUCUGGUCCUCCGGGCCGCGGCCUGCCUGGACCGAAGGGGGAGUCGGGCCCGGUGGGCCCCAGUGGACCGGUGGGAGAGGCGGGAGUGGGCAUCACAGGGCCCAAGGGCGAGAGGGGACCCCGGGGGCCCGUCGGCCCCACAGGAGUGGCGGGGGAAGGUCAACCCGGACCCCAGGGGCUGCCAGGGUUACCAGGGCAACAAGGAGAUGUAGGACCUGAAGGCAAUGGGUUGCCAGGGACCAAGGGUAACCGAGGACCAGCGGGGGUCCCAGGCCCUUCAGGACCCCCUGGAGUCGGCCUUGUGGGGCAGAAGGGCUCUGCAGGGACGGUCGGACCCACAGGCGAGCCAGGGCUCCCAGGAGAAGGCAUUCAGGGCCCAAAGGGAGAGCAGGGGUUCCAGGGGAUCACGGGCCCCCGAGGGCCCCCGGGCCACGGUGUCCCAGGAGAAAAGGGCGGCAGAGGCUCCCCGGGAGAACGGGGCCGCAAAGGAGACCUGGGGGGAUUCGGAGAACCCGGGACCCCUGGACCCAUGGGGAAACCUGGGGAGAAGGGGCUGCGCGGGUUGAAUAGAGAAGAGGUCAUCAGAAUAAUCCGUGAAAUAUGUGGCUGCGGGCUGAAGUGCCGCGAGAGCCCCCUGGAGCUGGUGUUCGUGAUCGACAGCUCCGAGAGCGUGGGGCCCGACCACUUCGAGGCGGUGAAGGACUUUGUGAACGUGCUGGUGGACCGCGUGUCGGUGAGCCGCGAGGCCAGCCGCGUGGGCGUGGUGCUCUUCAGCCACGUGGCCAUGGUGGUGGCCAGCCUCACGCAGCACUCCAGCCAGGCCGACGUCAAGGCCGCCGUGCGGGGCAUGCCCUACCUGGGCGAGGGCACCUUCACGGGCAGCGCCAUGCGCCGCGCCGGACAGCUGUUCCGGGCGGCGCGGCCCGGCGUACGCAAGGUGGCGGUGGUGCUGACGGACGGCCAGGCCGACCGCCGCGACGCCGUGCAGCCGGCUGAGGCGGCGGCGGAGGUGCGGGCGGCGGGCGUGGAGGUGUUUGUGAUCGGCGUGCUGAACCGCAACGACCCCGACUACCUUGAGUUCCAGGAGGAGGUGAAGACCAUGGCCUCGGACCCCGACGACGAGCACGUAUACCUCAUCGACGACUUCAGGACCCUCCCCGACCUGGAGAGCAAGCUACUGAGUCGUAUAUGUGAGCACGAUGACGGCACCCUGUUCGUCCCCAACUCCUUCAGCCCCUCCACGCCCGGGGAGAACGACCUACCCGAGACGCUAGACCAGGGUCACGUACUCCAUUUACCAGAGGUCGUCACACAAAUCGACCUGCCGGGGGGGCCAGACACUACCCCCGCCCCCGAGCCCACCCCAGACUACGACGACAGCUAUGAGGACGGCCUGGUGGACGCCAGCCAGGCCACGGCGCUCUACGAGGAGCCCCCCCGGGAGCAGGGGCCCCACACUGUGGAGGGGCCGCAGACUAAGGGCAACUGGCUGUACGUCAGGGAGACGACCCGGGCCCCUGGCACGACGACACCACUGCCAGUGCUCUACGGGCCAGAUUCUGGCUGUGACCAGCCCUUGGACCCGGGGCCUUGCCGGGAGUACCUGGUGAGGUGGUACUACGACCCAGAGGCCAACGCCUGCGCCCAGUUCUGGUACGGAGGUUGCCAGGGCAACCAAAACAACUUUAAGGCCGACGCGGACUGUAGGGACGCCUGCGUCUACACGUAACAGAC